CCUGCUAGGUGCGCGCCAGCCUCGCGAUAGCCUCUCCUAGAAUCAAAGCUUCGCUCGCGCACUGGAUGCUGACAGGCGGUCAUCAUGCAAAGGUUACAUUGGAUCCGUUUCAGCGAAUCUCGAACGUGAAGAAGAAGAAGCCGCCGCUCCGCAGGACCGACACGGGAUCAAAAUGCGAGUCGUGUAGCUACGCAAGAAUGUGUUAACUCCAUUCUGGCCGGCCGGUUCGUCUACAGCAGGUGUCAACGAUGGACGCGAGUUCGGGAUUUGGGAUUUCCGCGAACGGCAGUGUGUGUGCUGGCUCCUCUCGGCGGUAAAGUGGCUUCAUGAGUGUCCAAAGUAACAGUGGAAGUGGUGGUGGAAGUUUGGAGGCGACGCCAUCUUGGUCGCAGCUCUCCUCGUCCCCAACGAUUUCUCAACAACAUAUAACGGCGACCGCAAAGAGCAAGGAAGGCCCCAUGGAGGAGCUGCACAGCUUGGACCCCAGGAGACAGGAGCUGCUGGAGGCCAGGUUCAUGGGAGCCGUCAGCGGAAACACAGGAGGUAGCACUGGGAGCACCAGUGGAGGUGCUAAGGGUUUGGCCAAUGAGUGCUCCAACCACAGCUAUGGCAGCCUAGGCUCCUCGAGCGACAAAGAGUCAGAGAACUCUGAUCUGAAGAGAGGGAGCUCCCCUGCCUACUCAACUCCGGAGAAGAAACACUCUGAGUCGUCCAGAGGGCGAAAAAGGAAAGCUGACACCCAGUCAGAGAGUAGUCAGGGGAAGACCUCCACACGUGGGCCCAAGAUCAGUGACUACUUUGAUUUCCAGGGUGGAAAUGGCUCCAGUCCAGUGAGAGGCCUGCCUCCUGCCCUCCGCUCUCCACAGAACUCACACUCUGCUCCAGGCUCAAUUAUCCGGCAGAACAGCUCCUCUCCCACCAGUCUGUGUUUCGGGGAGCACCUGAUGAAUCCCAAAGCUUCCUCCAGCAAGUGUGUCCAGACGGAGUUGACGGGCCUGAAAUUAGCAGCUUUGGAGAGCAACAAGAGUCUCGACCUGGAAAAGAAAGAGGGGCGGAUCGAUGACCUGCUCAGGGCUAACUGUGAUCUGCGGAGACAGAUCGAUGAGCAGCAGAAACUCCUGGAGAAAUACAAAGAGAGGCUGAAUAAGUGCAUCACCAUGAGCAAGAAACUGCUCAUAGAGAAGAGCACCCAGGAGAAGCAGUCUUGCCGUGAGAAAAGCAUGCAGGACCGUCUGCGUCUUGGCCACUUCACCACUGUCCGACACGGGGCGUCCUACACCGAGCAGUGGACUGACGGAUACGCAUUCCAGAACCUGGUCAAGCAGCAGGAGAGCAUCAACCAGCAGAGGGAGGACAUUGAGCGCCAGAGGAAGCUACUGGCCAAGAGAAAGCCUCCAAACCCCUCGUCUCCCUCGCUGUCUGUGGCCUCCACCUCAGAGCCCAAGCAGCGCAAAACCAAGGUGGUCAAUGGGAAUGACCCUGACCCCUUCCUCAAGCCCUCCUUGCCACAGCUACUGACCUUGGCCGAGUAUCACGAGCAGGAAGAGAUCUUCAAGCUUCGCCUCGGCCAUCUGAAGAAGGAGGAAGCUGAGAUCCAAGCAGAGCUGGAGCGGUUGGAGAGGGUGAGGAACCUCCACAUCAGAGAGCUGAAGAGGAUAAAUAAUGAGGACAGCUCAUCGUUUAAAGACCAUCCUACUCUGAAUGAGAGGUACCUGCUGCUGCACUUAUUGGGCAGGGGCGGCUUCAGUGAAGUCUAUAAGGCUUUUGACCUAUUUGAGCAGCGCUAUGCGGCCGUUAAAAUCCACCAGCUCAACAAGAACUGGAGAGAGGAAAAAAAGGAGAAUUAUCACAAGCAUGCAUGCAGGGAGUACCGGAUACAUAAGCAGCUGGACCAUCCCAGAAUAGUCAAACUGUAUGACUAUUUCUCCCUGGAUACCGACACGUUUUGUACAGUGCUGGAGUUCUGCGAGGGCAACGACCUGGACUUCUAUCUGAAGCAGAACAAGCUAAUGUCAGAGAAGGAGGCGCGCUCCAUCGUCAUGCAGAUUGUCAACGCCCUGCGCUACCUCAAUGAGAUCAAACCCCCCAUCAUCCACUAUGACCUCAAACCCGGUAACAUCUUACUGGUGGAUGGUACUGCGUGUGGAGAGAUCAAAAUCACAGACUUUGGCCUGUCCAAGAUCAUGGAUGACGAUAACUAUGGCGUGGACGGGAUGGACCUCACAUCACAGGGGGCCGGAACCUAUUGGUACCUCCCUCCAGAGUGUUUUGUGGUGGGUAAGGAGCCACCUAAGAUCUCCAACAAGGUGGAUGUCUGGUCUGUAGGAGUGAUCUUCUUCCAGUGCCUCUACGGACGAAAGCCGUUUGGUCACAACCAGUCUCAGCAGGACAUUCUCCAGGAAAACACCAUCCUCAAAGCCACAGAGGUCCAGUUUCCCGCUAAACCACAGGCCAGCACAGAGGCCAAGGCAUUUAUCCGGCGCUGUCUGGCCUAUCGCAAGGAGGACAGGUUCGACGUUCACCAGCUGGGCUCGGACGCCUACCUCCUCCCUCACAUGAGACGUUCCAACUCUUCCGGCUCCCUGCAGCCCGCCACCUCCUCUCUCCCCAGCUACUGACUGGCUCUCCCACAUGAUUGACAGGACCCUCUGGCCAAUUCCAAAGCAGGAUUGAACGAAUUGGAGGAUGAGGGGAAGGGAUGGGUUGGGUGUGGGGAUGAAGGAGGGCAGGUGGGGAGGACCAUUUACCUGGGCUGUUCUGAACGGAUAGGAAUUAGCAGCAGAGCACGAUCAAAUGGAAAACCUGAGAUGGAAGCAAGAGAAGAGGAGGAAAGGGGGAAACUCCUGUUGCAAAUGUUGCACAACAGUGUUGCACUUACAAUGCGACUGUGAGAGACAAAAGAGAGAGGGGUGGGGGUGGGGAUUGGAGAAGAAUCCGUGGAAUUGCUCUGAAUUGUUUUCCUGUGCUAGGUUGGCCUGUCAGUGGAGCAAGAAAAGGUAAUCUCAAACCUAGUGGAUGUGUUUGUUGACUUUGAAUUUUAGUUAACCCCUGCAGACAUUUCAACAGCUCCUAGAUGCCCUGUCCAAGCCCGCCUCUUAGCUCCUACACCCUAGGGUGCACUUAAUAAGAUGGCAGACAGUUGAGAGAGAAUUGCUUCAACCUCCAGUGGCUGUUUGAAGAUGUUCCCUUGUCACUUAUGUGAGGGUGGUGUUAUAAUCAGAUACAGAUCCAUGGUGUAGAGGAGGUAUGAGUGUAUGUCAAAUGUGCAUUGCCCGUUCAAGUUAGGCCCUGAACACACCGCCUACCUGAGUCUGCAGAACCCCUUCUUUCCAUAUUGGCGCCCACAGAUCAGAAUAUCCACACAGCCUGUGUUAGCAGUGCAUCUCAGGCACGAGUCGAGCCUUGCUGCAGCAGCAUGUCUAGAGUUUCGGCAUGGAGCUUAUUUCUCUGCGUGAGGCGUGAGUCCUCAGCAAAAAUAGACAGGGAAAGUGAUCUGUUGAUAGUCAUAUUGACAACAUGCCAGCGACAUUACAUAACUGACACCUUUCAAUAUAGUUUCCGUGUCUUUCUCUGGAAUAUGUCACAGGCGUGAAAAAAAUAUAAUUUGUUAUCUUAAAAACUUUUUAUUUUAGAAAUUGCAUGUUAUUAAAGGAGAAAGAAGAAAGUGUAACGUUCCUAUAGUCCUCGAAGAAAUCCCAUGUAUGUUGGUAAGGUAACAGCAUCAGUUGAAGGCCAGAAGUUUUCUGUAAUGAUCAACCUCUCCCUCUCGCUCUCUCUGUCUUUCUUGCUCUCUCUCUCACUCUCUCCCUCUCUCUCUCUCUCUCUCUCUCUCUCUCCCUUGUUCUCACUCUCCCCCUCGCUCUGAACAACAGUAAACAAAAAUCACUGCUCUCUCUGGUUACAACUCUUCAAUUUUUGGACUGCUCAUCAAUAGUCAGUGAACCAAACCGCAUAGCAACUCUGAACCAACAUCUGCCUGGGAGUUUUCGAGACACUGAACAAGUCAGUCUUGGUCCCAUUUUCCAAGACCUUCCAUUCUGGAAAUAUAAAAAGAUUACAUUGGCUGUUAUCACAGGCAAACUCAAUGUAAAAAGAUAGGGCUGCCAGUAGCAGCACUGCAGCAGCACUACUGUCUGUGUGGACACCACAAAUGUGUGCUCCACAGUUCAGUGAGGCAGCCGUCACACACAGGGAGAGGUAAGCAGUGUGUUCAGGGCCUCAACUCUGCAUUACACAUCUUAUUGAACACACCCUCCCACCCCUCUGCACAAGACGGGGCGAGUGGCCAGUGGGGCACAGGGCAGGAGUCACAAAGUGAGGUUGUAACCCUUUGGGACUUAACUUAAAAAAUACCCCAGAUUAAAGCUCUGGGAUUGAUUUGCACUUCAAGAUCAAGAUCAUCUGGUCGCAGAUUUGGCAUGAAGUACUACAGUAUAGGUUAGUUCUGGACUAUUUAGAAGGUCAAGUCCAAACCUCCGUUCACAUUUUACAUUGUUUUGAAAUCCAAAUCAGGUUGACUAUCAGGUUUACAGAAUGUGGAUCUGUGAAUCUGUCUUAAUCCAUUGUUGCUGUUAAGAUAAAGAAAACCGAUCCUAACUGCUCCAGUUAGAAGUUUUUUCCCUCAUCGACCUGCCUGCAUCGAGACUGGACUGAACUGAAGGAUUGGAUCACCUGUUACCAUGCCGCCUAAGACUCCUUUGUUGCAGGACUAUUUUGGGGUGACACGGAAUUUAAUGUAUAUUUCAUACGCAGGAGAAGACAUUGCCUACUAGCAAAUAUAUAAUAAUGAAUCUUACCCUUGCUUCCCAAUGUCUCACUUGCUCAGUUUAUUUGUGUUCUUCUGAAAGCUGUUCUCAUUUUGCUGCUAUAAAUGUUGCUUUUAGUUCGUAAAGUGUGAAUGGUUCUGCCUUGGAUAUGCAUACUUGAACUGUGUUAAGAGGAACACUCUGAAAUGGACACCCACUGUGCUGUUCGAGGGGAUCCAACGAGUCCUACCACCCAACAUUGAUGUCCAAAUGGGUUUUUGUUUACCGUCAUGUAAAAGUUCAACAGCCAUUGUAUGGAGCGAAGUCCCUGUAUACUGCGAGUUGAUGCUGAAAGAAGACAAAUGGUCAUAUUUGUUCUUGAAAGGUGCAGGAAGUGAAUUGAUGCGGGCAUUUUCCUGGUUGUUUACCUUGCUAACUUGACCCCAGCUAGAAAUCAAAUGGAUAUAUCAAAAUGUGCUCAAUCUAUAAAGUACGUGUCUACCCUCCCAAAUACAAGCAACCUGGAACCUGCCCAAAGUACGCCAGCGGCUAGAAAGGGAAAUACUGUAGUAAUAAGUCAGAUAAAAGACAAGUGGGAGCAGCUCACAGCAAAUGGUGGUUGUCUCAUCUCCCCUCUGUAUUCUGGCCUGCCUACAAUACAAGCAUGAAGUCUUAAUUGCUUUUCUGUGUGCGAGCCCUCUGAUGGACAAAAAAAAAAAAAAAAGCCAAACAGACCUUGUUUCAGUAACAUGACAGGCAGUUAAAACUGAA